GGGCCGGGCUGGGCUGGGCCGGGCCGGGCUCGGCGGCCCCGCCCCGCCGGCGCGGAGCCGCCGCCGCUGCCGCCGCAGCGCCGGUCGCGGUGCGCGCUCGCCGCCCGCCCGCCCGCCCGCGGAGCCGUGCAGCAUGGCGGUGCUCAAGCUGGCCGACCAGCCACCACUGGUCCAAGCGAUUUUCAGCGGCGACCCAGAAGAGAUACGGAUGUUGAUCUACAAAACGGAGGAUGUCAACGCCUUGGAUGCUGAGAAACGAACUCCUCUUCACGUCGCAUCAUUCCUGGGGGAUGCAGACAUCAUUGAGCUUCUCAUUUUGUCAGGCGCUCGUGUCAACGCCAAGGACAAUAUGUGGCUGACUCCUCUCCAUCGAGCAGUUGCUUCAAGGAGUGAAGAAGCAGUGCAAGUAUUGAUUAAGCAUUCAGCUGAUGUCAAUGCCCGGGACAAGAACUGGCAGACGCCGCUACACGUGGCGGCUGCGAACAAGGCGGUGAAGUGCGCGGAGGUUAUCAUUCCCAUGCUGAGCAGUGUCAACGUCUCCGACCGGGGUGGGCGGACAGCUUUGCACCACGCAGCUCUCAAUGGCCACAUCGAGAUGGUAAAUUUGCUCUUAGCCAAAGGGGCAAACAUCAACGCUUUUGACAAAAAGGACAGAAGAGCUCUUCACUGGGCAGCGUACAUGGGUCACCUGGAAGUUGUUGCAUUACUGAUUAACCAUGGUGCAGAAGUGACUUGUAAGGACAAGAAGGGUUACACUCCACUUCAUGCAGCUGCAUCCAAUGGGCAGAUUAAUGUAGUAAAACAUCUCCUUAAUCUGGGUGUAGAGAUUGAUGAAAUGAACAUCUAUGGAAAUACUGCACUUCACAUUGCCUGUUACAAUGGUCAGGAUUCUGUUGUUAAUGAGCUGAUUGACUAUGGUGCUAAUGUAAAUCAGCCUAACAAUAAUGGAUUCACUCCCUUGCAUUUUGCUGCUGCCUCCACUCAUGGAGCACUGUGUCUUGAACUGCUAGUGAAUAAUGGGGCAGAUGUAAACAUUCAGAGUAAGGAUGGCAAGAGUCCGCUGCACAUGACAGCUGUCCAUGGGAGAUUCACACGGUCGCAGACCCUCAUUCAGAACGGAGGUGAGAUAGACUGUGUUGAUAAGGAUGGUAACACCCCUCUGCAUGUGGCUGCAAGAUACGGACAUGAGCUUCUGAUUAACACCCUCAUAACCAGCGGAGCUGAUACUGCCAAGUGUGGGAUCCACAACAUGUUCCCUUUACACUUAGCAGCACUAAACGCUCACUCAGACUGCUGCAGGAAACUGUUGUCAUCGGGACAAAAGUAUAGCGUAGUGUCCUUGUUUAGUAAUGAGCACGUGCUGUCUGCAGGCUUUGAAAUAGACACCCCCGACAGCUUCGGGAGAACCUGCCUCCACGCCGCCGCCGCAGGAGGUAACGUUGAAUGUAUAAAACUCUUGCAAAGCAGUGGAGCAGACUUUAAUAAGAAGGACAAAUGUGGGAGGACACCUCUGCACUAUGCAGCUGCAAAUUGUCAUUUCCACUGUAUUGAGACACUGGUGACAACGGGAGCCAACAUUAAUGAAACAGAUGACUGGGGACGCACCGCUUUGCACUAUGCUGCUGCUUCUGACAUGGACCGAAAAAGAAAGAAUAUUUUAGGUAACUCCCAUGAAAAUGCUGAAGAACUUGAAAGAGCCAGUGAGAUGAAGGAAAAAGAAGCUGCAUUGUGUCUAGAGUUCCUGCUUCAGAAUGAUGCCAAUCCAUCCAUCCAAGACAAAGAGGGGUACAACACGGUGCACUACGCCGCCGCAUACGGGCACCGGCAGUGCUUGGAGCUGCUUCUGGAAAAAACCAACAAUAUGUUUGAGGAAUCUGAUUCUGCAGCUACAAAAAGUCCUUUGCAUUUAGCUGCCUAUAAUGGUCAUCACCAAGCCUUGGAAGUUCUUCUGCAAUCUUUGGUAGAUCUGGACAUUAAGGAUGAGAAGGGACGCACUGCUUUGGACCUGGCUGCAUUUAAAGGACACGCAGAGUGUGUGGAAGCUCUCAUCAGCCAGGGUGCUUCUGUCACUGUGAAGGACAAUGUCACCAAAAGGACCCCCCUCCAUGCUUCCGUCAUCAAUGGUCACACACCGUGCUUACGCUUGUUGCUAGAAGUUGCAGACAACCCUGAUGUGACAGACGCCAAAGGACAAACCCCACUAAUGCUUGCUGUGGCAUAUGGGCACAUUGAUGCUGUUUCCUUGUUACUUGAAAAAGAAGCAUCUGUAGAUGCAGCUGAUCUCCUGGGAUGCACAGCUUUACAUCGAGGGAUUAUGACUGGGCAUGAAGAGUGUGUUCAGAUGCUGUUAGAGAAAGAAGUGUCUAUUUUGUGUAAAGACUCCAGAGGCAGAACACCUCUGCACUUUGCGGCAGCUCGGGGUCAUGCCACCUGGCUGAGUGAGUUACUGCAGAUGGCACUUUCGGAGGAAGACUGCAGUUUGAAAGAUAAUCAAGGUUAUACACCAUUGCACUGGGCUUGUUACAAUGGUCAUGAAAACUGCAUAGAGGUACUAUUGGAACAAAAAUUUUUCCGCAAAUUCUAUGGUAAUAGCUUCUCUCCAUUGCACUGUGCCGUAAUUAAUGAUCACGAAAACUGUGCAUCACUGCUCAUCGGAGCCAUAGAUGCCAGCAUUGUUAAUUGCAAAGAUGACAAAGGAAGGACUCCCCUCCACGCAGCAGCCUUUGCUGACCACGUGGAGUGCCUGCAGCUCCUCCUCAGUCACAGCGCACAGGUGAACGCCGCCGAUCAUUCAGGGAAAACGCCUCUCAUGAUGGCAGCUCACAACGGGCACGUAGGUGCUGUAGACUUUUUGGUGAACAUUGCCAAGGCGGACCUGACAUUAAAAGAUAAGGACUUGAAUACACCUUUGCACUUGGCUAGCAGUAAAGGUCAUGAAAAAUGUGCCUUGUUAAUACUUGACAAGAUACAAGAACAGAGCCUUAUUAACGCAAAAAAUAAUGCAUUGCAGACACCUCUCCAUAUUGCUGCACGAAAUGGCUUAAAGAUGGUGGUUGAAGAGUUGCUAGCCAAAGGGGCAUGUGUCCUAGCAGUAGAUGAAAAUGGUCAUACGCCAGCCCUGGCUUGCGCUCCUAACAAAGACGUGGCUGACUGCCUGGCACUCAUUUUGGCUACCAUGAUGCCUUUUUCUCCUUCCAGUUCAAUGACGACUUUCAACUUCGUUUGUUUUAAAAAAGACAAUUUGGGCAGGACGCAUCUCUGCGAUGGCUCCAGUAUGGGUAGCAUUAACUCUUAUAGUAAGCCCUUGAGUAAUAGCAUAGGAACAGAGGAUGGGUACAAUGAAAAUGAUUCUGAUUCUGAAACAUUUUGACUUUUUGGCAUUCAAAACUUUUUAUUACUAUUUAAUUUUACCUUUUUUGUCUUUUUAAAAAGCUUAAAUCCCACUGCUAUAUUCUUCAUUAUUAUUCUUGCCAAAUAGGUAUUGGAAGAUUUGCAGUAUUGGUAAGAAUCAAGCCUUUAAAUAACAAACUUAGGGGGAUUUACUGGAACGCAUUCCCAUUUAAUGUUCUGCAGCUUUUCAGCUUCCUCAUGUUUUCCUUAGGCCCUAAGUGCCCCUGUGGAAAGUCUCUACCUCUUAUUUUAAGUAGAAAAGGAGAAAAUGCCUUUUUCUUUGUGACAGCACAAGUAAACAGGGAAUUGUUUGUAAAAAGUACUUAUAUGUUUAGCUGUACCUUUAGUACACAAAUGUAUCUCCAAUGUAGUUUUUCAUAGAUUUCAACCAUCCACCUUCCCUCUGUCUGAUUCCUAGUUCCAGGGGCUCUGUUAAUUAGAUAAAUUUGUUACACAAACCAAAGGUAAAGUUGUAAAUCUUAAAACUGCCUGUAUUGCUUUUCUACAGGAGAUGAAACAUUUUACAUUCUGCAUGUAUUACGCACUUAAACAUACAGAAGGCACUUUUUACAGUUCUUAGUUGCAACACACAGUUAGAAAAAUAUACUUAUAAAUUCUGAAGGCCAAAUGCUACUCAUCUCACCUUAUUUUCCCACAGACAUUAGUGGAAUCACUUGUGUAAAAAGCAAAUGACUUGGCCCUUAUUUUUUUUUUCAAUUCAGCACAAAUGUGUAUGGUUUAUUUGCACUACAGAAUUAGGGUCAUUAGAAAUUUCUGUCACCUGAGCCAUUAACCAUGAAUCUAGUAUCAGAAAAAGAAAAAUCAGGUGUAGAUGGAAGUAUAUCUAAAUGUUUAUGAUGACUUGCCAACUUAAAGGAAUUUUUUUAUUUCUCUACACUUAAAUAACUUUUACUGUAAACAGCAUAGAAUUUUAAAAUACUUUUGUCAGAGUUUGGAUUAACAGAACAAAGGUAAAGCUGUGAAAGUGUAACACCAAAAGUUGAAAUACCAAACAGCAGAAAAUCUAAAAAUAUAUCAUGCAAAGGAUUGGAGAUAUAGGCUAAAAAGCCUAUUGUCACCAGCUUUUUACAGCAAUGUCAACAUUGUGAAUAUGUCUACUCCUUCUGCCAAAGUUUCUAGGUCAAAUGGACCCCGAUCCUCGUCUGCAACAGAUGUACAAAAGGAAGAAUGAGACUUUAAAAACAAAAACAAACUAAAAAAAAACAAACAAAAACCUAUCAUGAACUAACCAGCUGUACCAAGAGGACCAAAAUGCUUCAGUAACUAAAAGACUUUGCUACUUUUCUUUUUUUCUUCAAAUGUGAGUGAUGGAAUGAAGUAGUUUUUCUAAACCAUAAAAAUAUAAAUUUUUGAGAUAAUAGUCUUGGGUGUAUUUUACAUUUUAUGACACAAGUUUCAAGUUGACAGCUUGACAUUUGUAACUGAUGAUGUGUUGACCACACUUUUUUUUUCCAGACUAAAGAAAAUGUUCAUAUACUUUUAAUGUAAAUGUGUUUAUAUUUAUUUGAAAUGAAACAAAUGCCCAGGAAAAAUGACUAUGGCUUGUUCUUCUUGUUAGUUUUUGUGCAUCCUAUUUGGCAUAAUGCAAAAUGAAAUGUGAAUCUAGGCAAGACUGAUGGCCUGAGUGGAAAAGGAAGGGCUGAUGCACUUCAGAAGUUUGCCAGUCUUGUUGCAUAUAACGCAGAGAUAAAGUCUACAGGCUAUAUUGGUAAAAAGCAGAGAGCAAAACGGCUUUCAUGAUUUAAGAGUCUAAGAAAGAGAUCCAACACCUUGCUAGACAUGAGAGAGAACACCUACUUUAAAGAGAGGGGAGAGAUAAUGCAGCAUGGAGUAAAGGUGCGAAAGUUCCAGUGAUUCACAUGCAGGCUGUCUGCAGGCCUAAAUCUCUGCUAGGAGGAUGGGAAACAAUCCUCAGUACAUAUUUUCACCAGGGUAAGUGAAAAGUAAGGAUUUUUAUUUUAGUUUCAGUUUUCGGCUAUGUUCCACUGAAUUGCUAAAAGUCUGUUGGCAGAUUCCAGUUUUUUAAUUAGAAAAAAAUAUUUAACUAUAUACUAAGGUUUAUUUUGCCUUGCUAAAAUUAAGUGUUGUUUCCUUGAACAAUAACAAAUUUCUGAAGUUUAAAUCAAAAACAUCACAGGGGAUAUAGUGUCUCUUAAGGUGAACAUUUCUUUUCCCUCAACCCUACAUUUUCUGCAGUGGAAGGACAGAGCAUCUAAACCCUGGUUUUCUCCUCAGAAAUUAGUACAGAAUAACAUUUUUGAUUGACUUUCCUGAAAGUAUUUUGCUUUUAAAAAUUGCAGAAUAGCAAUAACCACCUUUUUUAAAGCACUGAAAAUAAGCGAUCAGUUUUUGAAGAGUGAUGUUUUUUCAGUGGUGUCUGUUUAGAAGUGAGUGGAAAUCCCAAAUUUUGCAUUUGUUGUUUCUAUGUAGAAUGAUGACAUUUAAAUAAAUACAUGGGAAAUGGCUGUCAUCUGUCUAGCAGCAGGAUCAGUGUUUUAAUCUUAUUUUAACCACAGAUACAGGUGGACUGCUUUGCAGAAUUAGUUAGAAGUCUCACCCUUCUAUAUAGAAAGCUAUGUUAUCCUACAUGAAAUUGUUUCAUUAGGAGAAAACCAGUCAUAUUUACAAAGAGGAGGAUGUAUUAUUUCAAGCAGCCAUUUAGAAAACUUCAGUAUUUUUACUUGCUACCAUACAAAGAUACUGAAAAUAUUUCUAUAUAUUUGCAAUACCAAGUAACUCUGGUAAUUGCAUAGUACAAUAACUGCUGCCUCUUAAUGAUGUGUAUAACAUUAUAGAAGCGCAGGUGAUUACUGAAUUACCAUGAUCCUUCUAGGAACCAAAUCUAAACUUUUACUAUUGAUGAAACUGUUCUAUAAACUAACAAUGAUUUAAGUAUGCAAUAUUCCUGAAAUCAUAGAAGAAUAUCGUUUGUUUUGUCAAUACCUUAAACGCAUUGGGAAAGUAAUGCUUUGAGUAUGGUACACUUAGGAGGAAAAGUGUCAUGAGUAGGACACUUGGAAGUACUCAGCAUGGGCCUGUCCCAGAGCUCACAUGAAUUACCAGAAUCCCUUUACUUGUAUGGUAGUACAUUAAUCUGUAAUAUAAUUUGUCACUGUAGAAAUAAAUUUGUAAUUUAGGACAGGUAUUUAAGCACGGGAAUAAUUUUACUCUUGUAAGUACUCACUUUGCCUUUCUGUGGACUUUUUACAAGUAGUAAUCAUACCUAAUUGUUGCACUUAACCCUGGAUCCUGCAAUUUACAGUAUGUGGACUACUUCUGUAUCUGCACCAAACAAAGGGUAUUUGGGGGGGGGCAGCAGUCUGCCCACCCCAAUUCUAUUAACAGUAUAGUUUAAUCUUGAAUUUUAACCACAGUUGCAGAUGGAAUCCAUAGCAGGAUUGGGUCCCAGAUCUCUCUCAUAAAUACUGAGUUACAACCUCUGGACUGCCUGAAAUUGCUGUGAAAUAGCUCAGGGGAUUUCUGCUCAUCGCUACUAAAAGGGCACCAUAAUGUGUUUGGUACUUUUACGCAGUAAACAACUGCCAGAUUAUUAAAUUAGAACAAACACAUAAAAUGAAUUGUUUAUCCAUUGUACUGUUGAGAAACUUGGUUAUGUAUCUUGAGGAUGAUUUUAAAAAUUUUGUGAUUUUUAUUCUUAGUCAUGUAAGAAAUAUUAGAGUGCCUUUUUAUAUUUGUGUAUUCUGAAACUGUUUUGUGAAACUUGUCUUUUUUUCAUUUGAGUGUUAUAAAAGCAAUAUAUUACCAGUAAAUUUUCAUUUCAAACCUUCUUUGAAUGUAUAAAGUGUUUCUUCUUUUCAUAUGUUCUACCUGCAUUGAAAUGAAAAUUAAUAUGCUGAAUUUCUAUAGGAAUAAUGUAUAAUUUUGCAGUGCUGAAAAUGCUUUCUUAUUACACAAAAAGUAAACCUUAGAUCAGUGUUAUAGGAAGGGGCGUUUUAAACUAGUGACAAUCUGAGUGUGUGUAUAAAAUGUAAUUUUAUGCGUUUCUUAUGCAGUGAUCUACAUAUUAAAGCCAAUAUCUUAUGUUUUGUAGGUUUUUGUCUUACAUUUUAUGCUUUAGCAUGUGCAAUAUAUCUUUACAAACCAUGGUGAUACAAAUCUGGUGCCAGUGUUAUUUUUGCAUAACAUAUUUGUAAUAAACAAUAUAAAAUAUUGUUUGAUGGUUUCAGUGGGGUUUUGUCGGUAUUGUUUGCUUUUGUAAAUCGAAGUUUAAGGACUUCAGUAAAUGUUAUGUACAAAAUGAGGAAAAAGACUUAUUUCAGUGAAUAAUGACUUGGAAUCCAACCUGAAUCUUCUCAAGCACAGUUUAUUAACUUUUUUUCAACUACUGAAUGCUGUAUUAAUGUAAUGAAGAACCCUAACUGUAAACUACUAUUGAAAUGCAUUCAGAUGGUUAUUUUUACAAAUAAAAAUGGUACAAAUACUGUUGGAAAA